AUGCGUUCCCAAUACUUCUCCGCCCUCCUCCUCAGCACCCUCGCGGCCGCCUGCCCCCUCGCCCACCGACAAGCCGCCACCGCCACCGCAGCCGCCCCCGGCGCCACCCCAACCCCCGGCAGCGGCAGCGGCGGAUCUGGCGGCGGAUCCAAGGUGGACAUGGCCAAGGCGAUCGCGGCCGUGAUGCCGCAGUCGAGCUCGUGCGACGGCGCCGACUUCCCCGACGAGUGCCGCACCGCCGAGCAGGCCGCCCCCUUCAUCUCCGAAGCCUGCGCCGAUCUCAGCGACGGCGAAUGUGCCGCCACGGUCGCCCUCAUGGGCCUGGAGAGUGUCGAUAUGCGCUUCAAGCAUAAUGUCAGCCCGGGCCGCCCGGGCCAGGGGACCGCGAAUAUGCAGAUGGCGGAUUUCAACAAAGAAUACGCCUCGGAGCUCUUCGGCGCGGACAAGGUGGCGGGCAAGUCGCCCGACGAGAUCCUGGCCAUGGUGAUGCCCGACGAGCACAACUUUGGCUCGGCGGCCUGGUUCCUCAAGACCAAGUGCGCCGACGUGCGCGACACGCUCAAGGCCGGCACCGACGCCGGCUGGUCCGCCUACAACCAGUGCAUUGGCGUCGACGGGUCGCUGCCGGAUCGCAUGAAGUAUUGGACGGCGGCGAAGGCCGCGUUUGGGCUGUGA